AACAUGUCAAGUGACAACCAAAUCGUGUCAACGUCAUAUCAAAAACUUAACCGCUGCAAUCAGUAGCAUAAUUUACUUGUUUUGUUACUUUACCGAAAAAUGGAAGCACUUUUCGCAUUACCGUUCUCUGUGCUCGAAAUUCCAAAUAUAAAAAUCAAAAAGCCAUCAUGGCUUCAAGCCCCAUCAGCUAUGACAACGUUCUCUUUAGUGCUGCUCUCGUAUUUUCUUGUAACGGGAGGUAUUAUUUAUGACGUGAUUGUUGAACCUCCUAGCGUUGGCUCAACCACAGAUGAGCAUGGACAUAGCCGGCCAGUUGCGUUUAUGCCGAAUAGAGUCAAUGGUCAAUACAUAAUGGAAGGAUUGGCGUCCAGCUUCCUCUUUUCGCUCGGUGGACUCGGAUUCAUCAUUCUAGACAGAACACACAACCCAUCAACUCCAAAAUUAAACAGAAUUCUACUCAUAUCUGUAGCAUUUCUCUGUAUUCUUGUUUCGUUCUUUACAACAUGGAUUUUCAUGAGAAUGAAGUUGCCAGGAUAUCUACAGAACUGAAUUAGUUUAUGUAAGAAUCAAUUUUUUCAACAUUUAUAUUAAUAAAUAUUUUUUUAUACUCACUA